CUUCUUGGCCAAUUACCACACAUCUAAGUAACAACUCAACAGUUUUCAGUGUAAAAGCAUGCUGGAGAAGCUCCUGUAUGCACAAAUCUUACUGUAAAAAUCCAAAACACUGUUACAAACAAAUACACAAGAGACCUUUAUUAUUUUUAAGACAAACUGUAGCAUAAAAUUAUGUAUGCAAAACUCUAUACAUGUACACCUCCAAGAGCCAAUGUGGAGGACUGAAAUGUUCAGGACAAAUGUUACAUCUGGUUUAUCUCCGUCACAUUCAUGUUCCUAACAUGUACAGACAUUGGAAAAAAAACAUUUAAGUUUUUUUUUGUCAAACUAUUUAAAAUCUGUAAUUUAAUCUAAAUUACAAUCUUUAGCUGUUUUGCAGUUGCAGCUGUUCAAUCUGUAAACUUUACACUAUUUUUUUCCAUAUUUUAAUUGCUUCUGUAGUUAUUGCAUUCCACCACCACAGGGCAGUGUUACAAUGACACUAUUUGGCAAAGUUAAACAAUCUCAAAUGAUUAACUCUAUUAUGUAAUGCGUUCACAGGUUCCAUACUAUUCAUUUUUAAUAAUUAAUUUAUAAUGAGUGCAUUUUGUUGGCUUAAAAAAGUCCAUUCGAUGUAAAGUCUGGUAUUGUACAACUCUCUUCAUCAUGUGUUUUGAUUAUGUAUAGAGAGAUAUUUUUUGUUUGUAUUUUUGGCUUUGAACAACAGUGAAAAGUGUCCACACAAUCUCAAAUUAAAAGUGUACAUGAAACUAUAGCAUUUCUGGAUGAAUAAAGAAAGUCUGACUUGUUGUGCUUCAAGGUUUAGGCUUGUACAUGUGACAGCUGUGAAAAAACACAUCAUCACUCUGCCCUGGUUCCACACGUGUUUUCACAAACGUUUCUGUACAAGAUAAAGUGGGAAAAUAGAAAAAAAGAAUAAAAUAGGUGUCCUUGCCCAAUCAGAUAGCAGAGGGACAGAGUGUAUAUAAGGAGCUGCAGUGGAGCUGAACAGACAUCGUGUCUCAGACAGGAACCACCAUGAAGGCUUUCAUUCUUCUGGCUCUGUUCGCAGUGGCAUAUGCCGCUCCCAUUGAGGAUGACAAGACUGUUGGAGGCUAUGAGUGCAGGAAGAACUCUGUGCCUUAUCAGGUCUCUCUGAAGUCUCUUUACCACUUCUGUGGAGGCGCCCUGAUCUCCAGCACCUGGGUGGUGUCUGCUGCUCACUGCUACAGGAAUCACAUGGUCAUCCAGGUGCGUCUUGGUGAGCACAACGUUGCCGUCAAUGAGGGCAGUGAGCAGUUCAUUGACCCUGCCAAGGUCAUCCUUCACCCUGGCUACACCACCUACAACCAGGACGACGACAUCAUGCUGAUCAAGCUGAGCAAACCCGCCCGCCUGAACGACGUCGUCCGCACCGUGUCCCUGCCCACCAGCUGCGCCGUAGCCGGCACUAAAUGUCUGAUCUCUGGAUGGGGCAACCUGAGUGUCAUCGGACACAACUACCCUGAUACUCUGAGGUGCCUGGAUGCCUCCAUCCUGAGCGACAGCAGCUGCAGGUCCUCCUACCCUGAAGAGAUCACCUCCAACAUGUCCUGUGCUGGAUUGCUCAAUGGAGGCAAGGACUCCUGCCUGGAUGACAUGGGUGGCCCCGUGGUGUGCAAUGGUCAGCUGCAGGGUGUGAUGUCCUAUAGCUACAGAUGCGACGAGUUGAACAAGCCUGGAGUCUACACCAAAGUCUGCAACUACAACUCCUGGAUCCGCAGCACCAUGUCCUCCAACUGAAAUCACUUUACAGUCAGUUGUUGUGAGACACACAAGUCUGUAAGCCUUUGAUUGGUGAAUAAAAUAAAUCUCAACCCACUAAUGUAUUUGACUUCUUGGCCAA